AUGCCGUACAAAUAUAUAGGAAGGAAAACUGAUUUCCUAGGGAAAACGCUAUGGGAAAUCGUGGGAAAUCUGAAAAAUUUCGGAGUCGGUAGGAUUAUAGUGCGAAGUCGAUUCGAGAGGUACCCGGAAAAAUGUUAUAUGAAAAUUUUGAAAGUUGAAACACUCCCGAAUCCGGAAAAACCAACGUACGAUGAUGUAAGAUUGGUAAAAGUUUGGAUGGAAAACACUUUCAGGGGAGUAACCUACACGGAACCUCUCGAAAUUCAAAACACCAGCGGUAAAUCCGACUAUCGAUUGAUACCCAAAGACGAAGAAGAACAGUAUUGCAAAACGACGGCGAAAGAAUACACGAAAAUCCUGCCGAAAACCAUGGAAUUUCCGCCGUUACUCAAAGAAUUACUAAUAAGAAACCAAGAGAGUAAAGGCAGGACAAGCGAAGAACCUAAAUUAGAAAUAUUUUACAAUCAAACCAGCUUAAAAAAGACCUACAGAGUGGCGAAAGACGGCGAGAAACCUACGGUGGAAUUAAGCACUGGAUUGGGCACUCCGAUUUCAUCGGCCUAUUACAAAAACGUAAAAAUAAACAGCCAAUGUUAG